AAUCCCUCUGUGUCGCACCAGAACGGCCGCAUCGUUCCGACACUGCGGAGUCGGCGUCAAGAUGGCGGCAGCGGCUGUGGCGGCUGCAGCAGCGGCGGCCGCUGCGGCAUCUCUUCAAGUGCUGGAGAUGGAGAGCAUGGAGACGGCCGCUGCGGGGUCGGCCGGUCUGGCCGCCGAAGUCAGAGGCAGUGGCACGGUCGACUUCGGGCCCGCCCCGGGUUUAUCAGCCAUGGAGGCGAGCGGGGGCGACCCGGGGCCGGAGGCCGAGGAUUUCGAGUGCAGCACCCAUUGCUCCGAGCUGUCGUGGCGGCAGAACGAGCAGCGGCGCCAGGGCCUCUUCUGCGACAUCACUUUGUGUUUCGGCGGCGCCGGAGGCCGCGAGUUCCGGGCUCACCGCUCGGUGCUGGCCGCCGCCACCGAGUACUUCACGCCCCUGCUGUCGGGCCAGUUCUCCGAGUCCCGCUCCGGCCGCGUAGAGAUGCGCAAGUGGAGCUCGGAGCCGGGGCCCGAACCCGACACGGUGGAGGCCGUUAUCGAGUACAUGUACACCGGGCGCAUCCGCGUCAGCACGGGCAGCGUGCACGAGGUGCUGGAGUUGGCCGACAGGUUCCUAUUAAUUCGUUUGAAAGAAUUUUGUGGAGAAUUUCUCAAGAAAAAACUUCAUCUCUCUAAUUGUGUAGCCAUUCAUAGUUUAGCUCACAUGUAUACUCUGAGUCAACUUGCUCUGAAAGCUGCUGAUAUGAUACGGAGAAAUUUCCACAAAGUAAUUCAGGAUGAGGAGUUCUACACUUUGCCUUUCCAUCUCAUUCGAGAUUGGCUGUCGGACUUGGAAAUUACGGUUGAUUCUGAAGAGGUUCUUUUUGAAACAGUUUUAAAAUGGGUUCAGAGAAAUGCUGAAGAGAGAGAAAAAUAUUUUGAAGAACUUUUUAAAUUGCUCAGACUGUCCCAAAUGAAGCCUACUUACCUUACUCGGCAUGUCAAACCGGAGAGGCUAGUGGCCAGUAACGAAGUUUGUGUCAAGUUGGUGGCAGAUGCAGUGGAGAGACAUGCUCUGAGAGCAGAGAAUAUACAGUCUGGCACAUUCCAGCAUCCAGCAGCUCAUGUCUCAUUACUACCUCGAUACGGGCAAAACAUGGACGUGAUAAUGGUUAUUGGAGGCGUGUCAGAAGGAGGGGACUACCUGAGUGAGUGUGUGGGGUAUUUUGUUGAUGAGGACAGAUGGGUAAACCUGCCCCACAUUCACAAUCACCUUGAUGGACAUGCUGUUGCAGUAACAGAAUCCUAUGUGUAUGUUGCUGGAUCAAUGGAACCUGGAUUUGCUAAAACUGUGGAAAGAUACAAUCCAAACAUGAAUACCUGGGAACAUGUUUGUAGUCUGAUGACAAGAAAGCAUUCUUUUGGACUAACAGAAGUCAAAGGGAAACUGUAUAGCAUUGGAGGACAUGGCAACUUCAGUCCUGGCUUUAAAGAUGUGACUGUUUAUAAUCCUGAACUUGAUAAAUGGCAUAACUUGGAAUCAGCGCCAAAGAUUCUUCGAGAUGUCAAGACACUAGCCAUUGAAGAUCGGUUUGUAUACAUUGCUGCCCGCACUCCUGUGAAUAGGGAUACUGAAGAUGGAUUAAAGGCUGUGAUUACUUGCUAUGAUACAGAGACAAGACGGUGGAAAGAUGUGGAAUCACUACCACUUAUUGACAAUUACUGCUUUUUCCAAAUGUCUGUGGUCAAUUCAAACUUCUAUCAGACAGCAUCAUGCUGUCCCAAAAGUUACUCGUUAGAAAAUGAAGAAGCAGUUAGAAAGAUCACCAGCCAAGUUUCCGAUGAAAUUCUUGAAAGCUUACCUCCUGAAGUCUUAAGCAUUGAAGGAGCAGCCAUUUGCUAUUACAAAGAUGAUGUUUUCAUUAUUGGAGGCUGGAAAAACAGUGAUGAUAUCGACAAACAGUACCGGAAAGAAGCCUACCGAUACUGUGCUGAGAGAAAGAGGUGGAUGCUCCUUCCUCCCAUGCCACAACCCCGUUGUAGAGCCACCGCCUGCCAUGUGCGAAUCCCGUACAGGUACUUGCACGGCACGCAGAGAUAUCCUAUGCCUCAAAACUUAAUGUGGCAGAAGGACCGGAUCAGGCAGAUGCAAGAAAUACAUCGGCAUGCCCUAAACAUGCGGCGAGUGCCAAGCUCUCAGAUUGAAUGCUAGGUUCUCUAGAUUGAAUGCUGCUUGAAACAGUUAACUAUUUUGUGAGACUGAUGAUAACCAGACUGAAAAAGUAUGUCAAUAAGUUAUUUUCUACCUGAACUGAUUAUUGCCCCCAUAUAAAGGAAAUAUAGUUAAAAGAUGGGUAGCCCUGCUCUGUAUGUGGUAAUUUUUGUUAGCCUGC